AUGAAUGAUACAAGUGAACAACUCCCGGAGCCGUCAGACCGUGAUCCUGAAUGGGAUACGGUUAGUGAGUAUAAAGACGAAGUCUACCUUUCAUCUGAUGAUCAGCUCCAGGAGAAAGAAUCAUCGAGACCACCUAUUCACCAAAUUAACGAUGAUGUUCUCUACUAUCUUGCUAAUUCCAUCCUGCCCCUUGACGAUGCGGCUGCCUUUGCACUUACCUGUCGAGCAACCUAUAGGGCCACCAACGGGAGAAGAGUUUUGCAGAGGCUAGAAGACAGGUCAGCCUUGUAUCGUGCUAGAUUCCUCGAGCGCCUGGAGCUGGAUUUCCCGGACCACGUCCUUUGCUAUGUGUGUGGUAAAUUUCAUGGCCGGUUACGGGAGGGCCUUUUAGGGCUAACGUCCUGUGACCGUAAUACCAAUCAACUAGAAUAUGCACCAGGCUUUCGGUAUCUGUAUUAUAGACAGAUAAAAGAGAUUUCCAAUCACUAUAGACUAGGGCCUCGCUAUGGACGCAGCGAGAUUCUCAUUUUACCCCAGAAGCCAUAUUUCAACCGAGACGCAGAAAAUAAUAUCACACAUGCUGUACAUAUCAGUGUGAAGGGUAUCAAUAACGCUGGGAACUUUGAAUUGAUCAUCAGGAGAAAUUCGUAUGUGGAAUAUAAGUAUACCAAUCGGAAUUCGAGACAGGAAGCAAUCAUCGCUUGCCGCUGUAGAAGCCGCCAUCUUUGGUCAUACUUGAAAGAGGAGGAGCUAGUAGAGGAAAUGCUUCCGUCAUGCUACCGGUGCGAGAUGUGCGGUGCAGAGAGACAGUACUCUAUUUCACACUUGCCAGCGAAGCCUGGGUAUGCAGUUCUUCGAAGUACUAUGUGGGAAAGCGUUGGACAAUGUGAAAACUCGGGGUAUGGACGAUUGGAACACAUAUGUACAGACGCGUUUCAGGCAACCGUUAACCAGUGCCUCACCAUUGGCCAGUCAGAGCUGAUACACCAGCGUGCUUUUAUUGAUGAGAUGCCGGCUAUCCUGGUCGAUGGGUUUCACGACAGUGUUAUCCGGAACCUGACUUAUUGA